AUGGCGAACCUCAAGCGACCUGAAUUGAAACUCGGCGGGAAUAUGUCAGAAAAUUUCAAGAACUUCGAACUCAGAUUCCACGACUACUGCAUCCAAGCAGACUACCGAAACUUAGCGAAAAACCCCGAGACAGAAAGAGCAGAUUACUACAAGAAACCGUUACUGGAAAUAUCAGCGCUCCGAUCGGCCAUGCCGGACGAAGCCUUGCAAGUGAUCCGUUACACAAUUGAACCCCAGAUAGCAGCUGAUGAUCAGAAAAAACCAUGGAUCUGGAUGGACAAAUUACGACUUCAUUACACUGGAUCUAUCGGAAGCUCCCUAUUGGCGGACAGAUUUAAAUUCUGGAACACUCAGCAAAGCCCACACGAAUCUGUUCAGGAAUGGGAAGUUAAGGUCAGACAGGCGGGCAGCCUGUGCUCGUACAAUGCACUGACCGACGAAAUGUGCCGUGACAAAUUCGUUUUUGGCUUGCACGAUGGCACAAUGAGAGCUGAGUUACUAAAAACGCAUUUAAAGUCGGACGGAACGCCCAAGAACAUGCAAGAUGUCGUUGCCGACGCCAAGGCCCUCGAGUCAGCCCAAAAAGCCAACAAACUCAUAACAGACGCCACAAAAGGAAUCGAGGAACAAGUUAAUUGGAUAAGCCACAAACAAAUGAAACUAAAGCGGGAGCCUGGAACCUGCUUUUGGUGUGGAGACCGACGCGGACCUCACCCCUGGAAAACAUGCCCUGCAAAUGGCAAAACCUGCACUAAGUGUGGAAUUAACGACCACUUCUCCAGAGUCUGUCUCGAGACAGGCGCCCCCCAACAUGAACAACCAAGGAGAACUACCCAAUGGCAAGCUCAGGGUAGGGGGGGCGAGGCCACAGAGCACCUCGCGGCCGGUCCCAACCAAAACCCCUCGUGAACAAAACGUACAUAUGCUGCAGAUGACAAAUGACCAACACCCUGUGGAGUACUACACUGAUGACUACCAAGAACAGUGCUACUCCCUGGAAACACGGCAAAUACACAGUAUCCACACAACCCACGCAAAGAAAAAAUACUUUGUUACACUGCCCAUGUCUGCAACAGGGAACAAAUUCACCCCAGUGACAUUCCAAAUAGACACCGCCGCCACAUGCAAUACCUUGGCUGAAGAUACCCUUCUCAGGCUGAUGCCAAACAUGAAGCUUAGAAAGUCACCCUACCUACUACACCCCUAUGGCGACUCCCAGCCGCUGAAACCACUGGGGCAGAUCGACCUUCUGUGCGAAAGAAACAAACGAUACGAAUCGCUCACAUUCCAGAUACUUCCUAGGGAUGUCAUGAUGAACAAACCAGCCCUUCUCUCUGGCUCCGACUGCGAGGCACUGGGGCUCAUCACCAUCAGGGCACACGAAAUAUUCUCACUCACAUCAGCAGUAAGAGACUCGUCAGGCAAGAGAGCCCCUACCUACCCAGCCAGCUCGCCACAAACCAAUCCAGACCCAGGCAACCCAGCAGCUCAAGCCAACGGUACACUCAAGGGAGUAAAAGGCCACCACCCUGACCAACCCGACAGUGCCAACCCAUACGGUGACCCAGCAACGCCCUCACCUUCUAAACCUAUAAUGAUCCCUUCCAAACGACGCCUGGCCCCACCCGGGAACCUC